UUACUUAAAGUUUGUCAAAUGUUUUUAUGUUUGUAUGUUUAUCGUUUACCUAUACAUACGCUGUUGUAGAAGGCAGCGUUGUGGGAAUGUGUAUGAUAGCUCUUGUUUUAUUUUUAUUUUUUUUUUAUUUUUUCAUUACACAAUGCAUAGAAUCGGCUAGAAUUAUUUACAUUAAAAGUUUUAGGAUAUUUAACGUUUACUAAUAUGUACAUGUCGUUAGCCAUUGAAUAUAUUUAUGAAGUUUUCAAUGCUUUAUAAAGAGAUUGAUUUUAUGGGACUACCGUUAGCUAUAAUAGCCAAAAAUGCCAUUAAGUUAUGAUAUUGACAAAUAUAUUGAUCGUAAAAAUUUAAUGUUAAAUUAAUCCAAUAAGGAUAAACUGUCAAUCGGAAAAAGGAAGUAAAUUAGUAUAACAGGAUAGUUCACUAUUUCAUUUUAAAAGAAGCAAAGUUGAGAACGAUUUAAACAAGGAUAUACUCUCUAAUUACAGGGCACCUUACAAAACCGAAUUACCAGGUGAACAAUGGCGUAUUCUAUGUUAGUAGGACCAUUAAAAAGAGCAAACGAUUCACUGAGCAGAAGCUUGGGACUAUUUGACACUAGCAGAGGCUUUCAUUAUAGAGAAAGAAACUACUCUAAUCCAGGUCAACGUGAAUUUCAACGACUCCAAAUUGAGUGCCAUCAGCUUAAACAACACAUGGUGCGACAGUCACAAAUUUAUGCUGAUCGUGUAAAUUGUUUAGAAGAAGUAAGUAAUGAAGUCAUCAGGUUACAACAAUAUCAAAUUUACCGUUUGUCGAAAAAAAUACAGCGUCGUGAUCUGGAAAUAGAUGAAUUGUUAGAAAUGUUACAAAAUGAGGAAUGGAAACAGCUUAAAAUAUGUGACAAAAAUGUACUGGCAGUAAAUAAUGUUAUGGUUGAAACUGAUGAACAAAUAUGUGAUUUAAGAAAUCAGCUGCAAACAGCAUUAAACGAUAACCACGAGAAAGAGGUUAAAAUGAAGGACAGCACAGCUUUACUUAAGACGAAAAUUGCCCAACUUGAGACAGAGGUUGGACUCAAGGACCUAAAAACUAAAAAUCUAGAGAAAUUACUUGAAAGUACAAAGACAGAAAUAGAUAGUAAAACUGAGGAGCUGGCUAAACAGGAUAAACAAUUAGCUGAACAAAAACAUCAACUGCAGCAGAUGUUUAGCAAGCUACAUGCAACAGAGGAUACCACAAUGGGUGGAACUAUCACAUCCCUUGAGACGAAAAAAAAGUACAUUGAAGAAGAAAUAGAAAAAGAUCAAGAUAAGCUGUUGGACAAUGAAAAGACUGAAAUAAUUCAAAUGAACAGGCGGCUUCAAGGAACAUCUGCUAGUAAUGGAUCUGACGCUGACGGAACUAUUGCUUCGCUAAAAAAGAAAAUCGAGCAUCUUGAAGAAGAGGCUGGUGAUCAUGAGUUACAGAUUAAAAAUCUAGAGGAAUUGUUAGCUUCAGAAAGGUUGGCCAUAAGUGACAAAUAUGAAGUAGUAAGACAAGAAAUGAAAGAAAAAGACGACCAGUUACAGGAAAUGAGAGUCAAACUCCAACAGACCUUUAAACUGAUGCAUGAAAAAGAAUCUGAAUUAGAUGGAAUUAUUACUUCAUUACGGAAAGAUGUCACGAAUCUUGAAAAAGAGGUUACGCAACGUGAUCUAAAAGUCAAAGAUCUAGAGGUAAAAAGGAGUAAAGAUAUGCACAAAAGUGACAUAAAUGAACAAUUAACUAACAAAUUGUUGAAAGAGAAGGAUGAUCUGUUAUCUGCCCAGAGAAAUCAACUGCUACAUAUUACAAAAACGUUUGAAGAAAAAGAAGCUGAAAUGAAUGAAACCAUCACUUCACUCAAAAAGAAAAUUCAACAUCUUGAGGCUGAAUCCGCCAACGGCCGUGAAGUAGAAUUAAAAGGAAUGACGAAGACGUUGGGUCAUAAGAAUAUUGAAAGCGUUAACAGAAAACAACUGGAGAAAGAGAUGUUAGUACUGAAGGUCAAAUUGCAAAAUACUUUGACAAAAUUGAAAGACACAGAGACUGAGCUCGAUGAAACUAGAACUAGACUUAGUAAAGCUAUGGGAGACAGGUUGACGGAUAACAACCCAAAUAUAGCCGACCUCAGCGACAGAAAUCGCCCGACAAAACUCGCUGAAAGAUAUGCUGAGUUGUAUGAUAACCAGUGGACAGACGCAUUUGACAUUCUUGUCACCUACUUCCACAGAGAGGGAAAUGCAGUAGAAGCUCUGCUAAAGAUUCUGCAGGAUGUUAUGCGUUUCUGCCAAAUGAAGGGACAAAAACAAAUGGAGAGUUUACAGCAUGUGCUGGAAUUUUCAGACAAGCAUGACCGCAGAGACUUAUCAGCAGAUAUGCGCAAUAUCUUAAAGGUUGGUCGCAAAGCAAUGGCAUCUGUUGCUGUAGGAAACUUAUAUCAAAUGUACGUGUCACAUCUUAAAGGUUCAACUGAUAAAGCAUCAAGGAUAGCUUUAAACGUUAGCUCAUUUACACAAGAAUGUCUUGAGAUCUGCUGGCUUAUGACGAUCCAGGAUCCAUCUGUUGUAUUUGCUCCGUUACUUAGACGAGGUACACGAUUUAACACUGACCUGUUCAAGCCAUACACAAGUAGUGGUACACACGUCGACUACGUGGUCUGGCCUGCUCUACUUUUGCACGAAGGAGGGCCGGUUUUGGCAAAAGGCGUGGCUCAAGGGUACAACAAAAAAGAAAACAAAAGCCAUAACAACAAGUAAUACAACGACAACAGUUGAUAGAGAAGAUAGAUGUAGAGUUCCUUAUAGAACUGCUAAAUGCCAGUCAUACACCUGAUCUGUUGAUAAGAUUUAGGCCUACUCCUAAAGUGACUCAUUCAUGUUUUCAAGUUUUCGCAACAUUUUUUAGAACUUGUGAUUUGUAAGUGUCGCUCUUUAUAUAAAUCAUUUGAAAUAUGUUCCUUACCCAGGAAAAGUGCAACAGGAUAAAUUGGAAUUCUAUAAAGCUAACAUUUAAAAUUUGUGCGAACUGCAUUUUUCAGAUUUACUCUGAUUUGUCCUAUAAUAUCUUUCGCGAAAUGUUGAUUGACGACUUUGCGCUGACAUGCAUUUGCCCACACCGUCUAUAUUAUGAUACGAGCUUGUCAAAUAUCUUGCAAACGCUGUUUAAAAUAGUAUUACGGCGUAUAUCAUAUAAUUUAUAAGUAACACUUUAUUAGCAAUCAUUUUGAAAGUUUACUACAUAACACUCUCUAAUAUCAUUUAUUAUCUUUACUACUUUUUAUUAAUGUGACCCACAAAGAAAUCAUUAAGAUAUUUUUAUAAUUAGUUUAUACUAAUAUACUUUAUGCCGAUUGUGAAGCAAAAUCUACCA